AGCUAGGUGCUGGUACUGGUGCUGAUACUGGUGCUGGUACUGACACUCGUACUGGUACUACUACUGCUACUGCUACUGCUAUUGGUACUGCUACUGGCGCUUGGUGUUGCUUGCCGGUGGUGGUAGUGAGUGCACGGCAUAUUUCGCUUCUCUCUUUUUUCUUUCGUCAAUUCAUUCGCCGUCCGCGCUUACGAUCGAAGAAAAAGUGCGUGUGCUGGCGCCGUGUCCCCGUAUGAACGAUUCGAUACUGGAAGUAACGGGAGAAAAAAACCAGCGUCAAAAGAACUCGUCGCUCAAGUACAUUGCCUCGCGUGUCGCUUUCGCGGAUAGUUUUGCGCGCACACGAACGCGGAAGAUCGCUAAUUUUGCGAUCGAAUUCUACGGAUUCCACGGUGCGAUCUCUCCACUGCUGAUACGUUUAGGCAAUCAGAAUGUAUCGCCCGCUAUUCUUUCUCGCCUUCGUUUGUGGAAGCAUUCACGGAAUGCAAUUCCACAACAAAGGGGAUGUACCUCGCCUGUAUCAUCCGCGUUACUUAUCGUACGAAGAGCCGUACAACAUCGAGUUCAAGUAUCACAAUUACGAGCAGAUGAGCCGCUUUCUUCGCGCAACGUCCCUUCGAUUUCAAAAUCUCACCGCGCUGUACUCGAUAGGAAAGUCGGUGAAAGGUCGUGAUUUAUGGGUGAUGGUCGUGUCGUCCUCACCUUACGAGCACAUGAUCGGAAAGCCCGAUGUAAAGUAUAUCGCUAACAUACACGGAAACGAAGCUGUGGGACGCGAAUUAAUGCUGCAUCUCAUUCAUUCUCUCGUGACGUCAUACGGAUCGGACGCAUACAUCACAUGGUUGUUGGAUAAUACAAGGAUUCACAUUCUACCGUCAAUGAAUCCUGAUGGCUUUGAAGUCUCUAAAGAAGGUCGCUGCGACGGUGGUCAAGGCAGGUACAACGCGCGCGGAUUCGAUCUAAACCGCAAUUUCCCGGACUAUUUUAAGCAAAACAAUAAGAAGAGCCAGCCGGAGACCGAGGCCGUCAAGGAAUGGGUGUCGAAGAUCCAGUUCGUGCUCUCGGGCAGUCUGCACGGCGGUGCGCUCGUGGCCAGCUAUCCCUUCGACAAUACCCCAAAUUCGCGAAUAUGUCGAUCGGCGCCGCUAUGUGCAGUGUUUCAGAGUUUCUCGUCGACGCCGAGCGUUUCGCCGGAUGACGACGUGUUUCAACAUUUAUCGUUGACGUACUCUCGAAACCACGGGUCUAUGUAUCAGGGAUUACCGUGCUCGUCGUCUCAGCCCGCAUUUAAACGUGGAAUUACAAACGGCGCCGAGUGGUACCCGCUUACCGGCGGUAUGCAAGACUUCAACUACGUGUGGAACGGCUGCAUGGAGAUCACCUUGGAGCUUUCUUGCUGCAAGUAUCCCCCGGCCACGGAUCUGCCGCAUUAUUGGGCGGAGAAUCGAGCGUCUCUGAUCAAAUUUCUAGCGGAGGCCCACAGGGGCGUUCACGGUUUUGUUUUCGACGAAAAUGGUAAUCCCAUCGAGAGGGCUUCCGUUAAAGUGAAAUCACGAGACGUCAGUUUCUCGACAACGAAAUACGGCGAAUUUUGGAGAAUUCUCUUGCCUGGUAUUUACAAGUUAGAGGUAUUUUCGAACGGAUAUAUACCUCGUGAGGUGGAAUUUGUAGUGAUUGAACAACAUCCGACGCUCCUCAACGUAACCCUUUAUUCAACGAAAAGACAAUACGACGAUGACAAUGGAUCCAUUUUAUAUAACGGAAACAUUGGCGGCGGAAGGCCUUAUCCGCACCGCGAUCACACGUUACAUUAUCGGCCCCAAUCGGGAAUUAAUACCGCGGCCGAUGCCAAUAGCGGUAUCUUCUCGUCUAUCAGUAACGGAUUUAACAACUUUGUGACCAACCUCUUCGGCUAAUCUCGUGAAACACACACAAUUACUUAUUUAUUCUAUAUUGGCGUGUAAAAUAAAAUAAAGCGGUAAGUUUGAUCUGUCUAUACUUUAAGGAUCGUCGAUGCAGAUAAAUUAUAAUCCGAUUAAUCGGCAAAAUACUGCCAAACAAUAAUGCGAAUUCUAUGUCAUCUCUCACGUUAAGUUUGAGAUAUCUAGUUAAGUUUGAGAAUCUCUACGUUAUUAAAUAUUUAUAUAUCUAUCGGGAAUGUAUAUUUUUAAAAAAUGUACUUUUAUUGUAUUUACAAAAGCAAAAACAACUAUUUUUAUUUCAUAUAGUCAUACAGUCAAUAUAUAGAUAUAGUAUAUAUGACAUAAUAUCGGCGUUAUUUCAAAUGUUCUAUAGGAGAAAAUGUUCUAUAGUUAUCUAAUAUAUAGAUAUAUAUCUAA